AACAAUUUCGAAUUUUGAAUGUAACGACCGUUUGUGGCUGUUAAGAUAGUUUGUGUUUGUGAAAAACGAAUGAGGGGUUUCUUUGAUUUUGUACUAGAUUAUAUUCAUGAUGUCUCGCAUUCCAAAGCUGCCAGUGGCUAAAGAAAAUAGACCCGGGUUUUCAAAUAUAAGGAACACAACAAGAACAAUUGGCAAUGGACUCAGUGAUAUUGAUAAAAAAGCGCUUCUUAUGAACCAUACCAAACCGAGUACAACAGUUACGUCUAGUAGUACAGUAGCAGCUCCACGGCUUAAAAGAGCAGCUUCUGCUAACGCUGUAGUACCCCCUUCAAAAGCUGCUAAAGUGGAAAGAAAACCAAGUGUAUCUGCAAGAAUUCCACCAUAUGACUAUAAAGCAAGAUUCAAUGAUUUACUGGAAAAACAUAAGGUGAUAAAGAGCGAAUUGACUGCUUUAAAUACUAAAUACAUUGACGUAUCUGAUGACUAUGAAAAGUACAAAGAAUUGUCUGAUAACAGCCUUAAAGAAAACUCCAUAUUAAAAGACAAAUUGCAAAACUGCUUAAGAGAGCUGAGACAGAUUACUGCCGACCAUGACAGCCUCAAACUUGACAAUGAAAUGCUGAAAAGAGAACUGGAUGACCUGCAUAAUAAAACAAAAAUAUUGGAAGAUGUAACAAAUAGUUUAAAAAUGAAAUCCAUGGAAAAUGAUAGGCUCAGAUUAGAAAUUGAUGAUUUGAGCCGACGCCAUAAGAGUUUGCAAGAAGAAAAUGAAGCAAUAAAAGUUCUAAAUGAACAUCUCAAAAAAGUGUCAGCAGAACAUGAAAACCUACAAGAAGAUCACAAAUGUGCACUUGAAUUAGUUAAGACAACCCAAACUCACCGUGAUGCCUUACAAAACAUAGUUGAUACCAUGUAUAAAGACCAGAGAAUCCUAAGGAAUACUAUUCAAGAUCUAAAAGGCAACAUAAGAGUUUACUGCCGAGUAAGACCUCCACUUGAGUCUGAAACAAAUAAGCCCCUGUACAAUUUACAUGUUGUUGAUGCAUGCACCAUUGAAAUUGAAAAAAUUGAACUAUUGAAUUCAGCUAGAAAAGGUAAAUCUCAACAUACCUUUUCAUUUGAUGGAAUUUUUACACCCCAUUCAUCACAAGAAGAUGUUUUUGGCAAAGUUUCUUCGAUGGUUCAAUCUGCCCUAGAUGGAUACAAUGUGUGUAUUUUUGCUUAUGGACAAACUGGUUCAGGAAAAACAUACACAAUGGAGGGUGGAAGUGGAAUUGCCGAAUAUGGUAUCAUUCCAAGAUCAAUAAAUAUGAUUUUUGAAUGCAUGGCAGAAUUGAAAGAAAUGGGUUGGGAGUUGUCAAUAAAAGCUUCGUUCUUGGAAAUUUACAAUGAAGUUAUUUAUGACUUACUUGAUUCCAACAAAGAUCAAGAGAGCCAUGACAUCAAAAUGGUCAAUUCGAAAGGAUCAGAAUUAUAUGUUUCCAACUUGCGUGAGGAAGAAGUAAAAAGCUCUCAUGAUUUCAUCAGGUUGUUAAUUUUUGCUCAACGAAACAGACAAACAGCUGCAACAUUAAACAAUGAAAGGAGUUCACGAUCACAUUCUGUGGCCCAAAUUAAAAUCUCUGCAAUUAAUGAAAAGCGAAAAGAAAAGUUUAUGAGCCAUCUUAAUUUAGUAGAUCUUGCUGGAUCGGAGAGUGGGAAAACAACACAGAGGAUGGGCGAGACAAAACACAUAAAUAGAUCACUUUCAGAGCUGUCUAAGGUGAUUUUGUCUUUGCAGACUAACCAAUCGCAUAUUCCAUACAGGAAUUCUAAGUUAACACAUCUUCUUAUGCCCAGUCUUGGUGGAAACUCAAAAACUCUUAUGUUAGUAAACAUUAACCAAUUUGAUGAUAAUUUUAAUGAGACUCUUAACUCCUUAAGAUUUGCCACCAAUGUUAAUAGUUGUAAAACAACUAAGGCUAAAAAGAACUUGACUUUGUUUGAAGGUUUUUAAAUACUUCUAAAUGACAAAAUAUAUAGCAUAACAAGUUUUACAUGGACAGGAUCUAUGGAACUGAUAAAUCCAGGCAAAAUGUAUUGUAUGGAUAAUAUGAUAUCUUAAAUAAUUGGCCAUUCUUCAAUAAACAAAUAAUGAGCCCACCAAUAUGUUAUAACUAAUGUAUAUGUGUUAAUGUUUCAUUCAUAUACUAAAUUUGAUAAUUGUUAUUUGACAUUUUCAUGUUUUUUUACUUUUCUGCUAAAUUUGGCUUUUGAUUAUGUAUUAAAAUCUUAGAUUAGUCUAGUUAUAAUUAUGUUAUCAUAUGAUAUUUGUAUGAGAAAAUUUUAAUCUUGUAUUGGUUUUAGUGUAGUCUUAAUUAUGGCCUUCUAUUUAAAUAAUAAAAUAGAUAUAAUGA